GCAAAAGGCGCCUUCUCCCUCGCUCGCUCGUCCACGGAGACGUCCCCUUCUGUUUCUCCUUAUUCUCCGUACACUACUGCUGUCCACCCAAGAGAGCCUGCUCCCCCCGACUCAGGCCAAUCCCGUCGCCUAUUUCUUCGAACGAACACCUUUCCCCCUACCACAACCGUCUCCUAAGCCUCGGUCUUCCUCCGAGACAUACUCGCCAAUCCAGCUCGGUAUCCGAGGUCAUCAACCUUUAUCCCGCAACCUACCGCGCAUUCCCCAUUCUCGAGCUCUCUCCCGGCUCCAUUCCCAAGCACUCUCCCGCGGCUUACCCCGUACCCCAUUAAAUCAACUACACCUUGCAUCCCCCCGCGAAGAAGCACCCUCUUCCCUUGGUCAGGGCCCCUUUCCGUCAUCAACAAGUAGCAGAAAGCCAUGGUUGCCGUCGCCACUAUGCCCGCCCCCAUCGGGGAGCCCCAGAGGCUGGAGAAGAAGCCCGUCAAGUUCUCCAACCUGCUUUUGGGCGCCGGUCUCAACAUGUUCGAGGUCACCACUCUCGGCCAGCCGCUCGAGGUCGUCAAGACCACCAUGGCUGCCAACCGUGGCGACGGUUUUGGCACUGCCCUGGGCCGCAUUUGGGGACGUGGAGGUGUCCUUGGCUUCUACCAGGGUCUCAUCCCUUGGGCCUGGAUUGAAGCCUCCACCAAGGGCGCCGUCUUGCUCUUCGUCGCCUCUGAAGCCGAGUACUACGCCCGCAAUGCUGGUGCCUCCGAAUUCGGCGGUGGUAUCAUUGGUGGUAUCACUGGUGGUGUCGCCCAGGCCUAUGCUACCAUGGGUUUCUGCACUUGCAUGAAGACGGUUGAGAUUACCAAGCACAAGCUGGCCUCCACGGGCGUCAAGCCCCCCAGCACCUUCGCCACUUUCAUGGACAUCUACCGUAAGGAGGGUAUCAAGGGCAUUAAUAAGGGUGUCAACGCCGUUGCCAUCCGUCAGAUGACCAACUGGGGUUCUCGUUUCGGUCUCUCCCGUCUGGCCGAGCAGGGUAUCCGUGACUUCACCGGCAAGAAGGAGGGCGAGAAGCUCGGCGCCUGGGAGAAGAUCCUCGCGUCUGGUCUCGGUGGUGGUCUGUCCGCCUGGAACCAGCCCAUCGAGGUCAUCCGUGUCGAGAUGCAGUCCAAGAAGGAGGACACCAACCGCCCGAAGAAGAUGACGGUCGGCAACACUUUCCGCUACAUUUACUCCACCAACGGUAUCUCGGGUCUCUACCGCGGUGUUGCUCCCCGCAUUGGUCUCGGCGUUUGGCAGACGAUUUGCAUGGUUGCUUUGGGUGAUAUGGCGAAGACUUACGUCGAGAAGCUCACCGGAGACAAGGUCACGGCUAAGCAUUAAACAAAUGGCGUCACAACGGGUAUUCUAGAUCCAUGCCUGGAAAAGGGGAUUGGGCCGGUUGGCGAAAAAGGGUCGGAGGCGGACUCCGUAUGGGGGAGCUGCUGCGGCUUCCUCAAUACCACAGAUGAUCCCCGCCAUAACCCCGUGCGAGUGAAAUCCCGGGGCCUCGCGUCUGCAUCUAUUUAUUUGAUUUCUGUUCUAGAGAUGUAACGCUGCAGCAUGCGCCUUGCGCUCUUGGUGCUAUAGACGAAUGAUCCAUGAACCAGUUUCCAGUUGCAA